CGGACUGGGACGGGACCAGAAGCGGCCAUGGCGCAGCUAGUGGUUCUCACUGCUCUGGGCUUGGCUCUAGCGCUGCUGGGCGAGAGGUUUGUGGCGCUCAGGAAUCGCCUUAAUGCCUCCAGAGAAGUUGAACCCGUUGACCUUCCCAACUGCCACUUGAUCAAAGGUGUAGAAGCAGGUUCUGAAGACAUCGACAUACUUCCCAAUGGCUUGGCUUUCCUUAGUGUGGGCCUCAAGUUUCCUGGGAUGCAGAGCUUUGCCCCAGAGAAGCAUGGAGGAAUCCUAAUGAUGGAUCUGAACAAGGACAGCUCCAGGGCCCGAGAGCUUCGAAUCAGCCGAGGAUUUGAUCUGGCAUCUUUUAAUCCCCAUGGCAUCAGUACUUUCAUCGACAAAGAUGACACCGUCUAUCUCUUCGUUGCAAACCACCCUGAGUUCAGCAGCACAGUAGAAAUUUUUAAAUUUGAAGAAGAAGAGAGUUCCCUUUUACACCUGAAAACCCUCCACCAUGAGCUUCUUCCAAGUGUGAAUGACAUCAUAGCUGUGGGUCCGGAGCAUUUCUAUGCCACCAACAGCCACUAUUUCUCCGAUAUUUUCUUAAAGUAUCUGGAGGUCUACUUGAAUCUGCACUGGACAAACGUCAUUUACUACAGCCCCGAAGAUGUCCGCGUGGUGGCUGAGGGCUUCGACUCCGCCAAUGGCAUCAACGUGUCCCCAGAUAAGAAGUACAUCUAUGUUGCAGAUAGCUUUGCCCAUGAAAUCCACGUCAUGGAAAAAUACGCCAAUUGGAGCUUGAAUCAAGUAAAGGUACUCCACCUGGACACGAUAGUGGAUAACCUGUCCGUUGACCCUUCCACAGGAGACCUCUGGGUGGGCUGUCACCCUAAUGGCCAGAAGCUGUUCAUCUAUGACCCCAGUAACCCUCCUGCAUCCCAGGUGCUUCGGAUCCAGAACAUUCUUUCUGAGACACCCACAGUGAGCACAGUCUAUGCCAACAAUGGAUCUGUGUUGCAGGGCAGCACCGUGGGCUCUGUGUAUGGUGGGAAGCUGCUCAUCGGCACAUUGUAUCAUAGGGCCCUGCAGUGCCAGCUCUGAGGGGCAUCCACAGCCCCAGCUCUUACUAACACCAAAUUCACUGUGAAUUGUCCAUCCUGAAGAAGUGCGUGGAGUACAGGUGACUAAGACGGAGGUGAUUUGAAGGAAGUGCUUGUCUUCCUGGGCAAGGAAAUGAGAGAGGGGACAGUGCAGGGGGCUCCGGGGCAGCCGCACUGCCACCUACAUGUCCCUGCCCUGUUGCCCCUGCCCGAGCCCUCACAGAGCUCCCAGGACAGAGCCUCGUGGCUGGUUUGCCCUAGCCCCCUCCCAGUGACCACUGACUCAGUUCAGCAGCACCUACUGUCCUCUUGUUGUUUACGACCCCAACAGUUAAAGAUUUCCUUAAACCCAGAGGUUGCAUUUGUCCAAGUCAUCCUUCACAUACUGCCUAUGGGCACCUAAGAAGCCAACUUCUUUACUGAAAAAUAAAAUACAUUUUUGGGUUAUCUUUUGUUUUCCAUCCCCCACAUUUUUCACCCUAUUUCUCUCUUGGAGCCUCUCUGAAAGAGCCAGCCCUCACAAAGAGGCAGACAUAUUGACAGAGUCUGAAGACACACUGCAGUGUUCCACUCUCAUGUCCCCUCCCCCUACCUCUGCAACAAAGAAAAGGGGGAAGGGUCCUCUCCUGUCUCAUCCUCAGGCAGAGCUGGGUAACUGUCUUGUAAUGGUCAUUCUUUCCUUAGGGGUGUAUUGUUCUGGUCCUGCUGCCUCUACUCUGCAUCAGUUCAGUAAGUCUUCCCAGGCUUCUCUGUAUUCAACAUCCUUGUUUCUUACAAAAGAAUCAUGUUCCCUUGAGAUUCUAUAUCACCCUUUGCUCAACUAGUUCCUAAUUCAUGGACAUUUACUAUUUUCAGUUCUCUGCUACCACAAAAAUUAAAGCAGGCUCUUUCAAGUAAAGGGUUAAGGUACAGGGUGCAGAGUGGCAGUGUGAGUUUCCAUUAGUAGCUGAUGCUCAGUACUAGACUCUCAGAUUCUGUCAUGCUAGACAGAAUCCUACCCCAAGGUCAAUUCUUUAACCAAGUCUUGUCAAACCAGGGAAGAAAGCCUUGAGCAUUCCAGCUGUCAUACUUGCCUUGACCUACCACACUGCUCCCUGAGGUGGGAGCUGGUCAUCAGAUGUCCCAUGGCUCUUUAGGAGCCAAAAGCAAAAAACUUAGAGCCCCUUGCCCUGUCAUCGAGGAUGAUGGUUCCUUCUUCAGAUGCCUACAUGGGUAACUUUUUCUAGAAUAUAAUUGGCAUAAAAUUAUCCACUUUCUAAUGCCUGCCUAGUAAAUGUGAAGAACAUAAUUGGUGCUGUAAAAAGAAAACUGGGUUCCAAUCCCCCAAUGCACCAUAACCCAUGUUACCUAGGGCAGGUCACUCAUCUUCUCUGAGGCUCAGAUCUUAGAGUAGAUGGCCCCUGCCAGCUCUGAAUCAGUGGCCAAAAAUGAAUGAAUGAAUGAAUGUGUAUUGUUCUUUAGUGAUCAGUAAGUGAGAAGCAGAAAGGUAUUUUGCACAGAGGCUCAACUGAGCCUUCUGUGGGAUCUCAUGUUCAAAAAAGAGGAACAUUUUAUAGUGUCUAGAGUAACUUUAAAUGGAAUUUCUCUUUCUAUCUCUUGG